GGGCGGGACCUGGCCACCCUCAGGGCUCCGGCGCCAAGUUCAGAGCCGCGCGCUGGGCUCUGGGCCCGGAGGAGGCUGUACUGCACCAGCGCCCCGUGCCCCACUUCUCCGGAGAGCCCAGGGCCCCGUGGCGGUGUGUCCAGCCCAGUGUCACAGGAAGUUCUCCCAUCUCAUGGUUCCUUGUUGGGCCAAGCCCUCCAGAACUCCAAACUCCUGAAGACUGAUGGCUGCCAGAGCAGCCACCUUGCUCAUCCUGUGGCCCUGGCCCUGCUGAUCACUAUGGCAGGGAAGGGGGCCCCAUGGAGCCCAUUGGCUGAAAACAGGUGGCAAUUUAACGAACCUGAGUUGGGCCAGGGCCACAAGCCAGUGCUGCUGGAGAAGACGAACUGCCUGGGCCCUGAGGCCGCUGUGGGCAGGGCGGGCCGGGAUGUGGGCAGUGCAGAGCCGGCACUGUUGGCAGCCCCAGGCAGGCCCCGAUCCGGCCAGCCACUGCCCCCGAAGGCACAUGGGGAGCAGAGGCAGAGCGCCUUCACAGAGCUGCCGAGGAUGAAGGACCAGUGCGGGGAUGCUCAAGCCCAGGAGAGGGAUCAUGAUGACCCUACAGGUCAGCCUGGCACCCUGCACCUGGCCCAGGCUGUCCCCAGAGACCCGGCUGGCAGCACAGUCUUCUCUGUGUGGCCCAGCAGAGUACGAGGUGAGCAGAGAAGCGCCUUUAGCAAACCAACCAAGAGACCUGCAGAGAGGCCGGCACCAACCCCAGUCUUCCCUGCAGGGGAGUCUGCAGACACCCUGGGGGAGCUGUCUGGACUCUUCAACACGGCAGACCUCCCUUGUUGGGGUCGACUUUCAACUCCCAAGCUUUUGGUUGGUGAUUUCUGGAACUUGCAAACAUUGCCACAGAAUGCUCCACUCUGCAGUGCUUUCCUGGGUGCCCCCACACUGUGGCUCGAGCACACCCGGGCCCAGGGGCCCCCACCUUCAUCAUCCUCCACCAUUUCGUGGGCCCUCCUGCCACCUACCCUCACUUCCCUGGGCUUGUCCACCCAGAACUGGUGUGCAAAGUGCAACCUCUCCUUCCGCCUGACGUCCGAUCUGGUCUUCCACAUGCGGUCCCACCACAAAAAGGAGUAUGCGGGGCCUGACCCACAUUCUCAGAAGAGGAGAGAAGAGGCCCUUGCCUGCCCUGUGUGCCAGGAGCACUUCCGGGAGCGCCACCACCUCUCCCGGCACAUGACUUCUCACAGCUAGCAGGUGGCCACGGAGUGACCUGCUGCAUGCGUCAGCCAGCCUUUGUCAGAAGGGGCUCCCUGGGCUUGCCUUGAGGGGGCUGUCACGGUCCUCUGCGGAGUUGCUGCGUUUGGCAUCCAUAGAUGAACAGUUCAGGCAUAAUUUGAAAAAGCCGCACCUGAAUGAUGUGUUUUAAAGGAAAUGAAGUCCUGAAAUAAAGUGAUGGGCUUGGCAAAUCCAGGGCAGAGGCCCUAACAGGCAGAGAGUGGGGGCAACUCUGGUGUACAUGAUGGGCUUUGGAGGCACAAAAGCCCGGAUUUGAAUCUGGGCUCUUUUCCGUACUAGCUGUGACCUUGCACAAAGACCUGCUGAGCCCCUAUUUUCUCAUCUGUGAAACGGAGAUGACAGCUCUGUGUCUUAGGCUGGCAUCUGGGUCACAUGAACGAUGUGUGCAAAGUGGCCGGCAUUCUGCCUGCAGACCCUGAGUGCUGAGUCAGCAAGGUUUGUGAUGGUGUCUAUACUAGUCAGCUAUUGUUAUUAACAAGACCUCCAUGGCAGACAAGCUAAAGUGGGUCUGUGGGUUGACUCAGGCUAAGCUGAGCUUGGCUGGGCUUGGCAGCAGGUCUCACAUUUGAUCAUGUCAUGUCCUUUUGCUUCUUUGGCUGAAGGGCUACCCAGAGAAAGACUGCAUCUCUUGCAGUUAUGCCAGGAACAUAAGAGGGUGAGUCUAAUAAGCACACCUCAAGCCUCUGCUUGGGUCACAUUGCCAGCGUCCUCUCAGCCCAUGCAAGUGGCAGGGUUAGGCCCAAUACUGAGGAGUGGAAAAGCGCAGGCUGCCCUUGGUGAAGCUGUGGCAAGGGAUUGAGCAUCCAUUCCCUCCACAGGAGGGUGAGGAAUUGGGACCGGUAAUUUUGCCCGCCACCUGGUCUAUCGUUCUUCACAUUGUGAAUAUACAAAUAGGGGGAAAUAGAACCCCCUCCCCACCACCUACACACAUGCCCUAUUACCUUCCAAGAAUAGGGCAUGUGGAAAAACUCAGCUUCCAGAUCGUGAUGCUGGGGAGCAUUCCAGGUACCAUGUAUUAUCUACUGUGUUUCAGUCAGUAGCUGCUGUAGGUACCCAUGUCGGCCCUUGUGCCUAAGGAUGUGUGGGGCCCAGGCCAUACUCUUUGACAUUGCACAGGUCAGUCUGAUGAAAGCCCUUUGUGGGGAGUUUCUGAGCCGGUGUCGUUUUUGCACUGGUUUCCACCUCACUGUCAGGUUUUGGUCUUUUGAUGUGCGGUAUCCAGCCCUCCAAUGGGGCCCCCAGCGCAGAGCUCAGGCUUGUGGCUGGGAAGAAGCCGGAGUGAGAGGGUGGGGAUCCCAGCCAGCCUCCCAGACUGCUCCUCUUCUCCCGCUCUCCUCUGUCCACCCUUCCAGGCAGCAGCACUUCCUCCUGGCUGCUCUGGUGUCCUCGCUGCCUCCACUCCUGCCGCUCACCACACACCCAUCCAUUGUCCACACGCACACAACCAGAUCAUCUUCUGAAAGUGUAAGAUGAUGACUCCAACCUCGUGGCUGUCCUUCACACUUACAGCCCUAACCCCGGCAGGACCUGCCAGCUGCUUUACAAACAAGUCCCUGCCGAUGUUAAUUGCAAGCACUCAUUUGACUCUCCCUGUGUGCCAGGCAAUAGCAUAAGCACUGGAAGAAUACAGAUGAUAUAGUGAGUCCUACAACAGCCCUGGGAGGCAAGAGCUGUUUCCUUUCCAUUUCGACAAUGAGUCAAUUGCAGAUAAUGCUAUAUCACUUCUGGUGUUUCUGAUACUCCCCUCUAUACCUACUACCUUCACCGGCUGAGCUUGGCCUUAGGAGGCCCAUAGGUGGCAGAGGGCAGAGGGGACUCCACUAUACCACCUCGCUGCUGUUCUGCUGUCUGCUCCUGUGUUCUGACCGCAGCUCUCGUGCCGUUUCUCAAGGCUGGGCUUCGUUCAGCAUUUGCUGUCCAGCUCCUGUUGGUGCUGCUCCCACUGUGGUUCCACAGGGCUGCUUCUCUCAGGUCAGCUCCUUAGAGAGGCCUCCCAGAUUCCCCAUAAAGCAGCCCUGCAGCCUCGUGUCCCUGUGGCUUCCUUCACAGCACGUCUCACCGUCUGCAAACAUCUUUAUGUUUGUCGUUUUGUUGAUUUGCUGCAUCCACACUGUCAGCUCCUUGGGAGUAGAGACUGGUUUGUUUACUGUGCAUCCUCAGUGCCCAGAACAGGGCAUUGCAUAUUGUCAGUGCAUAAUAAAUACUGUGGAAAUAA